UCUCCGGCAGCCGCCGCGGGAGCCCGCGAGGGGGGCGGGGGCGAGGGAGGCGCGGCCGCGGCCAGCGCACAGUCGCUCCACCUGAUCGCGGGGUUCUGGGCGCUGCGGAAGGCGCCGGCGAGCAGGAGCUGCAGCAGCGAGGGAGGCAGCGGCGGCCGCCAGCACCGCCACCAUGUCCUACCAAGGCAAGAAGAACAUCCCGCGGAUCACGAGUGAUCGUCUUCUUAUCAAGGGAGGCAGAAUUGUCAACGAUGAUCAGUCUUUUUAUGCUGAUAUUUAUAUGGAAGAUGGUUUGAUAAAGCAAAUUGGAGACAAUCUGAUUGUCCCUGGAGGAGUGAAGACCAUCGAAGCCAAUGGGAAGAUGGUGAUCCCUGGAGGCAUUGAUGUCCACACUCACUUCCAGAUGCCGUACAAGGGAAUGACCACAGUGGAUGACUUCUUCCAGGGGACCAAGGCUGCCUUGGCAGGGGGCACCACCAUGAUCAUCGAUCACGUGGUUCCUGAGCCUGAGUCCAGCCUGACGGAGGCCUAUGAGAAGUGGAGGGAAUGGGCUGACGGCAAGAGCUGCUGUGACUACGCCUUGCAUGUGGACAUCACCCACUGGAACGACAGCGUCAAGCAGGAAGUGCAGAGCCUCAUCAAGGACAAAGGAGUCAACUCCUUCAUGGUUUACAUGGCCUAUAAGGAUUUGUAUCAAGUGUCUAACACUGAGCUCUACGAGAUCUUCACCUGUCUGGGAGAGCUGGGUGCUCUUGCUCAAGUCCAUGCUGAGAAUGGGGAUAUCAUCGCCCAGGAGCAAACCCGGAUGUUGGAAAUGGGAAUAACUGGCCCAGAAGGGCAUGUACUGAGCAGACCAGAGGAGCUGGAAGCCGAGGCCGUCUUCCGUGCCAUCACCAUCGCCAGCCAAACCAACUGCCCCCUGUACAUCACAAAGGUCAUGAGCAAGAGUGCAGCUGACCUCAUCUCCCAAGCCAGGAAGAAAGGAAAUGUGGUCUUUGGUGAGCCCAUCACUGCCAGUCUCGGCACAGAUGGGACCCAUUACUGGAGCAAGAACUGGGCCAAAGCGGCUGCAUUUGUGACAUCCCCUCCUCUGAGCCCUGACCCAACCACCCCUGACUACAUCAACUCCCUGCUGGCCAGUGGGGACCUGCAGCUCUCCGGAAGUGCCCACUGCACCUUCAGCACUGCCCAGAAAGCCGUUGGGAAGGACAACUUCACAGCCAUCCCCGAGGGCACCAAUGGGGUGGAGGAGCGCAUGUCGGUCAUCUGGGACAAGGCCGUGGCUACAGGAAAAAUGGAUGAAAACCAGUUUGUGGCUGUGACUAGCACAAAUGCUGCCAAGAUCUUCAACUUAUAUCCCCGCAAGGGAAGAAUAUCAGUUGGUUCCGACAGUGACCUAGUGAUCUGGGAUCCGGAUGCUGUGAAGAUCGUCUCUGCCAAGAACCACCAGUCGGCUGCAGAGUACAACAUCUUCGAGGGCAUGGAGCUGCGCGGGGCACCUCUGGUGGUCAUCUGCCAGGGCAAGAUCAUGCUGGAAGACGGCAACCUGCACGUGACCCAGGGGGGCGGCCGCUUCCUCCCCUGCAGCCCCUUCUCGGACUAUGUCUACAAGCGCAUCAAGGCCCGGAGGAGGACGGCCGACCUGCACGCUGUCCCCAGGGGCAUGUAUGAUGGGCCGGUGUUUGACCUGACCACCACACCAAAGGGGGGCACCCCCGCAGGCUCCACUCGGGGCUCCCCUACUCGGCCAAACCCACCCGUGAGAAACCUCCAUCAGUCGGGAUUCAGCCUGUCAGGCACCCAAGUGGAUGAAGGGGUCCGUUCUGCCAGCAAGCGCAUCGUGGCGCCCCCUGGCGGCCGCUCCAAUAUCACGUCCCUGAGUUAAGCCGCCUCUCCCCAGAGAGAGGGGCAGAAGCAAGAAGAGAUUGUUUUGAAGCCAAAAUGGUACACCGAUAUUUAAGAAGGAAAGCGAAUCCAAACCGUUUCGAUGGAUAGAAUCAAUAAGCCUCAAGCCUUAUGUUUCUCCAAUGUUAACGCUCGCUUGCCUA